CAGUACAAUAGAUUAAAUGUGUAGUUUUAAUAGCUAUUUUCAGAUACGAUAUGGGAAUGUCGAGAAGAGAAUAAAUCAAGCUACCAAUGUAUCUACAACUACACAAUAACCCAUACCGCCAAAUAACAGUUUUCCAGAUGACUUUAUUUUACGGUUGUCGACAUGAAACACAGCAUAAUAUGUCAUCAAGUGAUUAAGAUUAAUUAAGUGGCAUUUUUGUAAGAUUACAUACAGCAUCUGCUCGUAGCAUGUGUAAAUGUUUGUACUGACAUAUAAAUACACGUCUAAGUACGUUAUUAACAACAAAGGUGUUUGUAGUUAAAAACAAGCACAACAUCUGACUCUACUCUUUGGCAACAAUUUCGUUCAUACCUUUCCAAGAUAUCUUGUGGCAUUAACAGAGUCGGCUAUGUUAAUGCGAAUCUACUAAGCAGCUGAUGGGUUGUUGAUAUCCGUACAUUUUUGUCAGUUUUGUGAGAGAUAAGAGUAACGAAAAUGGAACAGUAUGACAGACAUUUUAUGAUAGAAGUCUGUACGUACAAGGCGGAAUUUGAAACGAUAUUAAUGGAAAGCAAGGUUAAAAGGACUCAAAGAAUUUAUUAAAACGCGGGAGCGUUGUAUUAUCCUGCCAGUUGCAAGUGAUGGUGAAAGUCUGUAAUUUAAAAAUAAAUUAAAUUGUGUUGUAGGAAGUGUUCUCUUUACGGAGCUAAAAGUGCAAAAGAAGUGGCAGAUUCGUAGUCGAACGUUCGUAAGAAUCUGUCCAAAACGUAUAUUAUUGAUUGACGUUAUAAGUAUGCAGCUUAGGGUUUUAACUUUAUUAAUAAUAUUGGACUGAAUUGAAUCUCUGUAUUUGUAUUGCCUCAAAUACAUUUAUAGGAUUUGUAAUAAAAAAAUACAAUGAACGACAUUUCAAGUUUGGCAUCUUUGCUCCGUGAGAAUGGAGAUAAAGUGCUGAAUGGACAGAGCAAACUUUCAUUGACUUCAGCAUUGUUAAGGAAUCUUAAUGAAGCAUUCACUAUUAUUGUAGAGAAUAAUGAAGAGAGUGAUAGUUCAUUUAAUGUCAUCAACACAACGAAUGCAUUAGUUGAAAUAUUUCAUGAUAUUCAGUUUCUCUAUGACUUUGUGCAAAAGACUGUUGGCCUGAAACUUAGUAACUGUGCCGUGACAGGUGACUGUGGUAAUAGUGUUCUAGACAUAUGUAAAUUUAGAAACCUGAAGUAUCUUGAGCUAAGAAAAAUUCCAGUGCAUAUGUUACAUGGAAUUCAGAGUGUACGAGCUCAGUUGCAGUCUGUAGUUUGCAUUCGCUGUGUCCAAAGGCUAGAAGACCUUCUGUUGGACUGUGGAGCUGAUCGCAGUUCAGGAUUUGUAUGGAGUGACCUAAAAGAAGCUGUAUUUAGUUACAAUGGAAUAGAUUUGUUGGAUCGCUCUCUGGAAUUUGCUCCAUGGUUGCAAAUCCUUGAUCUCAGUCACAACAGGAUUUCUCAAGCUAGUGCCAUAGACUGUCUGCCAAAUCUGAAAUAUUUGAACAUGAGCUAUAACCUCCUUGAAUCUAUCCCUACAGUUAAUAAAGAUGCCUGUCGAAAAUUACAGGUUCUAGUCAUAAAGAACAAUUACAUUGAAGAUAUAUCAGGCUUGGUCGCACUGGAGUGUCUGUUGGAACUGGAUUUGUCAUGUAAUUGCUUGACAAAUCAUAAAGCACUUAGUCCACUUUUGCGAUUGUCUGAUCUCACAUGGUUGAGCCUAGAGGGUAACCCACUGAGUUUUCAUCCUCAACACCGUACUCGUACAGCCCGCCAUCUUCAUGACUGUGCAGCAACCAGCAGGUUUAUGUUGGAUCAUUUGCCCUUGUCCAAGACAGAAAGACUUUCUGUGGGUUCUUUGGGUGGUGAUGCUGUUCUUAGGGAAUCGUGUAAGGAAGGUACCAUAUCUGCUGGAAGUUCUUCACCGUCUGAAAGAUCUUUGAUUGCAGAAAGAGGUGGACAGUCUGGUUCAAAGCCACACCAAAGCCAUGACUGUAAGAGAAGCGGUCGGGUACGUAAAGCAGUCAUCUCGGAACAUGGCUGUGAUGCUGCAGAAACUGAAUUAAGCUCCAGUUUCAUGGUGAAUUCUAUAGACCAUCUGGAGACAAAGAAGCAAAUUGAAACACUGCGUGAGAGAUUUGGAGAGGAAAACUGGCUACACAGUCAAGCCGGGCUCUGUGUUCAAGACCUGCUUGGCCUCCACAGGGCUGUGACAACACCGUCACCUGCAAAAUCUGGUGUGGAAAUAUCGCCGUGGCAUGAAAAUACCGCCGCUGUGACUGCUACCCAUGUGAAUAAAGCCGAAAGUGAUGUUCAUUACGUUGCACGGAAUCCAGAAGUAGUGAGUGAUUCGCCAUUAGCUUCUGAUACACUUUCAUCUGAUGUCAGAUUUGAAGAUAACAAAGGAUCAUCACCAGAACCUGUUGAGCUCAUUGAGUCAGAUGAGGAUGAAGAAGAUGAAGAUGAAGGCGAGGAACAGCUAUAUCUUGUCCAGAGGCAGCAGUUAGGAACUCAAAGGGCGGAUGAAUUCUUCUUGGCGGUGACUGAAAGGAAUCUAAAAGAAAGAGAGGUGCUGAGUGGGAAAACCCAUGAGAAGUGGACCAUGGCAAGCUUACUGACCUGCACCAGAACUGGGGGACAGACCCCUGCUGCCACAGUACAGCUGACAUUUGAUACAGUACGUCGUAAUCGCCAAGAGAGGGUGUAUAUCAUGGAUGAGAAAGAUGCACAGAAGCUCGUGCGGACACUUGGUGAAGUGUUGGAUGCUAGACCACUAACAGCCAUGAACCAGGUUGUGUUUCGAUGCAUGAAAUGUUCUACUCAAUUCUCGCAAGAACUAGCUCCUACAGUUUCAGGUGUGGGAGGGAAUGUUGUGACCUGUCCGACAUGUAACAGCACCCUUGUAAUCGAAAUGGAAGAAGUUCCAUUACCAUCACAACACAGAAAUGACCAAGGAGAGAAGCAAUCUGUAGUCCCAGACUGUGGACCAUUGUCCCCAGGUUUUAACUCAUCACCAUCACAGUCAAGCAUAGGAAGGUCAGUGAAGGACACUGGAGCAUCAGCAGAGAUGUGUGACAGACUUGAGGUGACACCAACGGUCCUCCACAGUGAAGCCCAGCAGCUGUCCUGUCAUUCUCCAAACAGUUUCAUAAGACCAGUGAAACGAUGGGACAGUGACAUAGAGAUUAUUAGCAAUCCCAGCCAAAGCAGCAUUGAAGUGCUCGAUGAACAAGCUAGACUGCAGGGUGGUGUUACUCCUGCAAGCAAGCAGUCUUCAGAGGAGAAGCAGAUGGCGCCAGUUGCAAUCCUAGCUGAACAUGCAGUCGUGCCAGAAAUGAGCAGUCACUUGGUCUCACGUACUGGUCUCACAGAGAGCAGUUCCUCCAGUUCCCUCACUGACAGUGUAUGCACAACAUAUGAAAUUCACUCAGAAUCGCAGUCAUUGAGACCAGGAGUCGUGGCAGCAAAAUUAGAAGAGAAUGUGAUUACUCUUGAUGACAGAAAUAGUUCUACUGAUACAAGAGCAAAUGGUGGAAUGGGUGAAGCAGCUGAUAAAUUUUCAAAGCAUUUGCUAGAUAAACCUGAGCAUGAGGAUGAGAGUACAACAGUUCUGUCCAAAAUGUGUGAGGAGAAAUCAAGUUCGCAGAUGAAUUAUUCCAGCAUGCUCGAAGGCUUGCUGCAGAGUGUAGGAUCUAAGCUGUCUUCCAGGUCCUCAGAGAAGGUUCUUGAUUCGUCUAAUAGUAGAGAGACUGUCACUGGAGGAAAUGACAUAGUCAAGUAUUCGUAUACAGAUUUUGCUGUUGUUGAUCACCGUGUGAAACUCCAUCUGUACUUGCAUGUGUUUCAUCAAGAGCAGGAGGAACUUUUGUUUCUUCUUAGGGCUCAGAUUAUACCACAGUCAUCACGUUCAUCAUACCCUGGCUGCCUUGUCAUGUCAAGUAGGAAUGUUUAUGUGCUUCAGAUAACUGGUGAGGAAGGGGAUGAUCCGGAGCUGUGGCUUCGCAAAGUAGACAGUAGUUCUGUUGAAAUGCUGAUAGUGUUGUUCCCGUUGAUGUGGCGGCAGGGAAUUGGCAUGGAGCUCAUGCGGGAAGGUGGAGAGUACUCAAGUUUCUUAUUCAUCUUUCAAGAUCAGAACCACACUGUCAACUUCUUAUCUUUUCUAACAGGUGUGGAAUUGCCAGGACAAUGCAGAUUGGAGCAUGAGGUAACAGAGAGUCAGAACCUUGCAGUGGAACAGCUGCUGCUAUCUGCAGCAGCUGGUGAUGAUGCUGACUCAACUGUAUGUUCUUGUGCCGUGUCAUUCAGUUGCAGAAUCCAGAAAAACAAAGAAAACAAGGAAGUUGGUAUGGGAGCCAUCAUAAUUACAACAGACCUCCUCCUUAUGAUGGAUAAUUUACAGUGGUUAUUUCCAAAAUCAGAUCAUGCUAUGCAGACCUACAGUUCUCAGAAGAUUAGUAAUCUAAUAGAAGUUGAGAUUGAAGAUCAUUGCCAAAUGAAUUUGCAUUUCCUUGAUGAAGCUGCAGGCAGUGAUGAGUCUUGGACCUUGAAACUUGGUACUGAAUCUACCAUGAAGGCCUUAGUGUCAGCCAUUAGCAUACCAUGGGAACAGUUAUUCUCUGUCCCUCUUCAAAUUGUGAACAAGACUGUAUUAGUUGUUCCCAACUGAGUUCUUAAGAUCAUUAAUCUUGUGCCUUAUGCUGGUGUUUGUAAACAUGAAUGCUUUCUGUGUAUUCCCCAGAACUUAUAAUUAAAAAUGGGAGCAAAAUAGAAAAGUAGAUUUCUUUUGGAAAGUGUAUUUAUAAAUAUAUAAUUUAUUUCUAAAACCUGUUUAAGCUGUGAGUGGGUUCACCAUAGACAUGUUUGUGUAGACUUAUAUGAGUUAUGUUCUGAGUUGCAACAAAUCAAGUAUUUCACGAUUUCCAUGUGUGUUCUAAUCACUUAAUGUAGCACUGUCUUUGUUUUCGAAGCUCAGGCAGCCUCUCCCCUAUGCUUCUCCAAUAAGGCAGUGACAGCGUUGCUGAUGGAAGCUGAGUUGGAAGAUUAUACUCACACUGUAUCUUACAAUGAUGCUAACAUCUUUGUUCAUUUUCUUUCAUAUGAGAUAUUCUGACACAUUAGUUUCAACCGCAGUGUACCACAAAGAGACAACCAGCAGAAAGUGGUGUGUGACUUAGCAGAUGAGGAUGAGUUUUCUCUACUCAUAGUUCACAUAUUUUCAUGGGUUUUAGAUCCAUUUGCCACGCCAUAGUUUGUUUGUACAGUUCAAUUUCUUUAAUAAAAUUGUAAGAACUGAUGUAUUUUAUUUUUGCUUCGUGGAAGGUUAUUAAAAAUGUGAAAGAAA